GGGAAAAAAGCAUAAAGUUGGGGAGUCAAACUCACAUUUAUCGCCGUAAGAGUCCAUUAGCAGCUGGCAACUGCAAUAUACAAAGUAAUCGAGAAUUUGGGGUUGCCUCCAGAAGACGAGCGAGAAAGAUGAACGGCGGGCCAUCUGGUUUCAAUAAUGCGCCAGUAACCAGAACAUUCGUCAUCGCUUCUGCCCUUUUCACACUUUCUUUUGGGAUCCAAGGUGCCUAUACGAAGCUUGGAUUGUCUUAUCAGGAUAUUUUUGGAAAGCUGCGUAUUUGGAAACUUAUUGCUUCAGUUUUUGCCUUUUCAUCUACACCAGAACUCCUGUUUGGACUCUAUCUUCUAUACUAUUUCAGGGUCUUUGAGAGACAGAUAGGUUCUAAUAAAUGUUCGGUAUUUAUUUUGUUUUCUAUAGUAGUCUCAUUACUAUUUCAGGUCCUUGCGCUAGGGCUCCUUAAAGAGCCCACGACAAACCUACUUGCAUCAGGACCUUAUGGUGUUAUUUUUGCUUCAUUUGUACCCUUUUUCUUUGAUAUUCCUGUGUCAACGCGGUUUCGUGUCUUCAGCAUCCACUUCUCUGACAAGUCUUUCGUAUAUCUAGCUGGUCUUCAGCUGCUUUUAUCUUCCUGGAAGAGAUCCCUCUUGCCAGGAAUCUGUGGCAUGGUUGCAGGAUCAUUAUACCGUCUUAAUCUCUUUGGCAUACGGAAGGCCAAGUUUCCAGAGUUUUUAACUUCAUUCUUCUCGCGGCUUUCUUGGCCAUCUACGGGAAGUCCACGUGGACCGACAACUAGGAACGUUACAGGGAGUACGCCAUCCUACCCAAGUCGCCAUGUAGAGAGAACCUAUCCUGCUCCUAUGGCUCCUGCAGAGCCACCAGAAGACUCGAUUGCUACUUUGGUUUCAAUGGGCUUUGACAGGGACUCGGCUAGACAAGCACUUGUGCACGCCAGAAACGAUAUAAAUGCAGCAACAAACAUUCUUCUUGAAGCGCAGUCCCAUUAAUUCAUUUAAGUUCCUGCAGUGAAAAUGAGCGAACCCAACUGUCGGAAUUGGCGAUCUAACAGAUGCACCCGAACUGAUGACUAGGCUGAUAUGUUUUCCAGAACUAAUCAAGGUGCUCCUAUUUUCAUUCAGAAGCAUUCUGUUUAUUUUGAAGUAGUAAUUAGGCACCAAAAUGACUGAAAGUUAGGAUAGUGUACAAUUGUUUACACAUUAUUGGCGAACCUUAAUGCAAGUACAUAGUUGCUUUUCUCA